UUCAGAUUUCUCAUUUAUUCUAGUUCUCUGUCUUCCUCACUGUCUUCCCCACCCUGCCCCACCUCUCUCUCUCUAGAUUGUUUACAUAUGAAGGGCUUUUCUCGCUCAGAGUUGCUCUCUUCUCUGAGACACACAAAUCUAAGUCAGACCAUUGCCCCAUGUCCUCCCCACCUUUUCUUUAGACCUGAACUUCAAUGAGAGUGGGGGUUUGGUGUCCUGAGGGGUCUCCUGGAAGCUGAGUGGGAAGGAAGAAGAAAACUGGAGAAGGGAUGACUGUAUACUGGGCAAGGCACUGGCUGGGCUGCUGCAGCUCCCUGACCCAAGGGGCCUGGUGUCCCUCUGAGGCCUAGUGGAAGAGCUGGAGGAGGUGUGGCCUCCAUCUUUGACCCUGGAGGAUCUGAUCUCACCUCCAAGCACUGAGCUAGGUUCUUGCCUAACUCCAUUCUUCCCUGAAGGAGAUAUGGGAGAUGAAAAGUAGAAUGACUCCCUAGGCUCUCCCUCUUCCUUUCCUCAACAGCCAGCCUCUCGUCCAACCCCCUAGGGUGGCAUGCCUUGUCAAGAACAAUGUGUAAAGGAAAGAAAAUGUCUAACGCAGUCACGUCUACCCACUGACCUCUCCCACCCUCUUCUCCCUCCCCCCUAAAAUUUAUUUGGUUGGUCUGGACUCACUUGUGGCCUUUGAUUAGGUUUCUAAGGGGCCUGAAGAGGACAUUUCUAAUGCAGAGGGUUAGAGGCACUUGAGCUAGGACCCCACUCCCCAACUCUGGCAGUUGUGGCUUGCAGGUUGCGGGGAGGCAUUUUGGGGAACACAACCAGCCUAGAUAAGAGGAACUCACAGAGCAGCAGAAGCUGUGACAGGUUUAGUAGUCUCUAAGUGGGUUAUAUCCCUUCCCCCAUCACAUCAGGAGCUUGUGAAAUGGGAAAACAACAGAAAGAGGGAUCAAAGGAAGCCAAUCUCUCACACUUUCCAGGCAGGGCAGAGGUGGAAGUCAAACCAGGGUGAGAGGUGGGUGGAGAGCCCUGUUUGAGAUUGUGGCUGAUCCCUGUUAAUAGCUUUCCCCUGGGGGUGGGAAGCCCUAGGAAGAGGGGGACCCCUCUGUAGGGUCCCCAGGGGAUCUUUCCUCCCUCCCCUGCAUGAGGCAGACGCAAGCUGCCUGCCAACCCCCUCCCUCAAGGAAUGGCCUUGCCUGGGAAUGCCCACCACACAUACCCUCUUCUUUUUUUCUAGUCAAACUCUGUUUACUCCUUGGCCUGCCUCCCUCCCUCCCUUCUAAACCUUUACUUCUGAUUUCUAUUUCAUGGUAUUUGGGAUUGAAGUUAAACUACAACAGUGCCGCCAACACCAAGUCUUGCAGGAAAAAAAAUACAAAGAAAUUUAACAAAAAAAUAUAUUAAUAAAAAAGUUCAAAAAAGGGGGGGGAUUGUCAUCUCCUUUGGGGUGCGAUGGCUUCAAGUCCAAGCUCUCAGAGGCUCUCUGGGUGGUGAAAAUGUACAAAAGACACCUCUUGGGGAACCCCAGGCAUGCCAUCCAUGCAGUCUUGCUGCCAGAAGGGCUCCUUCCCCCUAACUCCAAGGCCUAAGGCCUAAGGUCAGACAGACUCUUCUAGACAGCUGAGUGGGGCGGCCCGGCAGAGGCGGGGUCCCGUGAUAAGGGCGGGAAGAGGGAAGGACCGGUCGAAGGACCAACCCCCGUCGGGCCCUGUACCAGGAAGUGCUGGGGGGAGAGGAGCGGAGUUGAGACAGGCCAGGUGAGGCAGUCGUUAGGGCUGGCGUCCUGGUGUGUAGCUGAGGCCGCCUGAGGUGUGACCCUGGGGAGGAAUCCCGCGAAAGAGGUAGCGCUGGGCCUUGAAAGGCAAUGAUGGUGGUGCCUUCACUGAAGCUUCAAGAUCUAAUCGAGGAGAUACGUGGGGCCAAGACCCAGGCCCAGGAGCGGGAGGUGAUCCAAAAGGAGUGCGCCCACAUCCGCGCCUCCUUCCGCGAUGGGGACCCUCUAGACAGACACCGCCAGCUGGCCAAACUGCUCUACGUCCACAUGUUGGGCUACCCCGCCCACUUUGGACAGAUGGAGUGCCUGAAACUGAUUGCCUCCUCCAGAUUCACAGACAAGAGGGUGGGCUACCUGGGGGCCAUGCUUCUCCUGGACGAAAGGCAGGAUGCCCACCUGCUCAUUACCAACAGCAUCAAGAAUGACCUGAGCCAGGGGAUUCAGGCAGUGCAGGGCCUGGCCCUGUGUACUCUGAGCACUAUGGGCUCUGCUGAGAUGUGCCGGGACCUGGCCACUGAGGUGGAGAAACUGCUCCUGCUGCCCAGCUCCUAUGUGCGCAAGAAGGCUAUUCUGACUGCAGUGCACAUGAUCCGGAAGGUCCCUGAGCUCUCCAACAUCUUCCUCCCACCCUGUGCCCAACUGCUUCAUGAGCGCCACCACGGCAUCCUGUUGGGCACCGUCACGCUGAUCACGGAGCUCUGUGAACGAAGCCCUGCAGCCCUCAAGCACUUUCGAAAGGUGGUGCCCCAGCUGGUGCAGAUCCUCCGGACUCUGGUGACAACAGGAUAUUCCACAGAACACAGUAUAUCUGGAGUCAGCGACCCCUUCCUGCAGGUCCAGAUACUUCGUCUUCUUCGGAUUCUGGGCCGGAACCAUGAAGAGAGCAGUGAGACCAUGAAUGACUUGCUGGCCCAGGUGGCCACUAACACAGAUACCAGCCGAAAUGCGGGCAACGCGGUCCUGUUUGAGACAGUGCUGACCAUCAUGGACAUCCGCUCUGUGCCUGGCCUUCGGGUUCUAGCUGUCAACAUCCUUGGCCGCUUUCUGCUCAACAAUGAUAAGAACAUUAGGUACGUAGCCCUGACGUCAUUGCUGCGUAUGGUGCAGUCUGAUCACAGCGCUGUGCAGCGGCACCGGCCCACUGUGGUCGAAUGUCUGCGGGACCCUGAUGCCUCCCUCAGCCGGCGGGCCCUGGAACUGAGUCUGGCUCUGGUGAAUAGCUCCAAUGUUCGAGCCAUGACACAAGAGCUGCAGAGCUUUUUGGAAUCUUGCCCCCCUGAUCUACGGGCCGACUGUGCCUCAGGCAUCCUGCUGGCAGCAGAGAGGUUUGCCCCAACCAAGCGGUGGCACAUAGACACCAUCCUGCGAGUGCUGACAACGGCAGGCACCUACGUACGUGAUGAUGCAGUGGCCAACCUGACCCAGCUGAUUGCGGGGGCCCAGGAGCUACACGCCUACUCUGUGCGCUGCCUCUACAGUGCCCUGGCAGAGGACAUCUCCCAACAACCACUGGUGCAAGUGGCAGCCUGGUGCAUUGGAGAAUAUGGGGACCUCCUACUGGAGGGGAGCUGUGAGGAAACAGAGCCCCUUCAGGUGGAGGAAGAGGAGGUGUUGGCACUGCUAGAAAAGGUGCUGCAGUCCCAUAUGUCCCUGCCAGCCACCCGAGGAUAUGCACUGACAGCCCUCAUGAAGCUCAGCACGCGGCUCCGUGGAGGCAGCGACCGCAUCCGCCAGGUGGUGUCCAUCUUCGGGAGCUGCUUGGACGUGGAGCUGCAGCAGCGGGCUGUGGAGUACAACACACUCUUCCGGAAGUAUGACCACAUGAGGGCCGCCAUCCUGGAAAAGAUGCCUCUUGUGGAGCGAGGGGGGCCUCAGGUUGAUGGGGAAGCAGAGGAAAGCAAAGAAACCCAGUGUUCGGAAACAGCCCUUGUAUCCACAGAGUCCCAGGCCUCCAAGCUCUUGGAUCUGUUAGAUCUCCUGGAUGGCACUACUGAGGAUGCCCAGCCCUCGCCCUCUCUGGAUCCCUCCCCCAGAGGCACUUUAGUACAUCUCCUCGACCUUCCCUGUGCACCUCCACCCCCACCUUCCAUCCCAGAUCUCAGAGCGUUUGAGCGUGAAGGACUACAGCUGAGUCUGUCUUUUGUUCGACCCCCUGGAACUCCUGCUUUGCUCUUAAUCACGGUCACUGCUACCAACACCUCCGGGGCUGAUGUCACCCACUUCAUCUGCCAGGCCGCUGUGCCCAAGAGUUUCCAGCUGCAGCUACAGGCCCCCAGUGGGAACACAGUUCCAGCUCAGGGUGGCCUUCCAGUGACCCAGCUCCUCAGAAUCCUCAAUCCUAACAAAGCCCCCUUGAGGCUAAAGCUGCGCCUCACCUACAACCAUUUUGGCCGGUCAGUGCAGGAGAUCUUUGAGGUGAACAACUUGCCUGUGGAGACAUGGCAGUGACUCAGCCUCCACUCACGGUCUGAAAUCCUCCUGUGUCCCAAACCCCCCAAGGUCCCAGCCACUCGGAGCCGGUACCUGAUGUCUACCAGCAGGUGGUGCCCUGCGCCUGUGCUUGCCUCUUCAAAAACUGGGGAGUGGGGGGGCCUGCCUUUCCCAAUAAUGAGAGCCCAAUAAAGCCUGAGGGGCAGAAGCCAUAUUUGGGUA